AUGACUCGUCAGAAUUUGAGCGGGCCGCAGGCCAACUCGUCCACUCUGUGCGAUAGACCUAAGCCUGCCAGCACUGAUAGGAAGGACCAGUCCUUCACUGAGGCUCCUCCAGACCAUGAUCCUGCUCGACCGCAGGUCAAUCAACCGGGCAGCUCUGAUUCAGAGAACAUUGAAACUGGCGAGACGGCUGAGUCACCAGAACACACUCAAGAUACUGCCAGUAAACACUUUGUGUACUAUAACGCAGUCGCUGGUCCCGGAAUAGAUCAACUCAAUGGAGACUUCGUAACCAUUUCUGGGGCAUCCGCCAAUAGCAACAACGAUGGACUGAGUAGUAUCACAGAGGUACACAACAACGCUCUGAAAAUAGGCCGUGGAUCCCAGCAUAAUGGCUUUAUAAUCAACCUCGGCGAAGGUGGUACUCUGGAAAACCUUCCAAAUUUUCGUGUCACAUACAACAAUCCAACUUGUUGGGCAGAUCCUUCCGUCUACAAAGAUGGAAAUAAAAUUGUGGGAACACAGCAUAAUGGAUGCAUUAUCAUGAGAGGAUCUGCGCCUGUCAAAGAUUGA